AGAGAGAGAGAGAGGGAAAAAAAAAAGUGUAGGACAAUGGCCCAUUAAAAUUAAUGCACUCAUGAUCUGACUACAGUUCCAAAAUUCCAAGCCCUGCGAGGCUGCAAUUCAUCGAUGAAACCAACCCCAGCAUUAGCAAAAUUUCUCUUACCAACCACCAAACCCAGGCAACAAUUUGCUCACAACAUAACCACAAAAAUCAUACUUGGAAAAUUUCCCGAAAAUCACAUCUUUGGGUCAGAAAUCUUCAAAAAUAAAAAUGGAGAUAAAAGAAGAAGUGGAAAACAAGCAAAUAAUACUGAAAGGGUACAUUGAUAGAGCUCCAUUGGAAUCAGACAUGGAAUUAAAUGUGGGAAAUAAAAUUAAGCUCAAAAUUUCAAAAGGGUCUAAUUCUGUUCUUAUUAAGAACCUUUAUUUGUCUUGUGAUCCUUAUAUGAGAGGUCGAAUGCGUGAAUUUUACGGUUCUUACAUUCCACCUUUUGUUCCUGGCAAGCCUAUUGAAGGAUUUGGAGUCUCCAGAGUCAUAGAUUCAGAUGAUCCAAAUUUCCAGUCAGGAGAUAUUGUUUCAGGAAUGACUGGCUGGGAGGAAUACAGCUUAAUCGAGGAUACAAAGAAACUGAGGAAGAUUCAGCAAGAUGACAUCCCUCUUUCUUAUCAUAUCGGUCUUCUUGGUAUGCCAGGAUUUACUGCUUAUGCAGGCUUUCAUGAAGUCUGUUCGCCAAAAGAGGGGGACCGUGUUUUCGUCUCUGCAGCUUCUGGAGCUGUUGGGCAGAUUGUUGGUCAACUUGCUAAAUUACAUGGUUGCUAUGUUGUUGGUAGUGCAGGCACAAAAGAAAAGGUUAAUUUACUAAAAACUAAGCUUGGAUUUGAUGAUGCUUUCAACUACAAAGAAGAACAACACCUUGAUGCAACUCUUAAAAAAUAUUUUCCUGAAGGAAUCGACAUAUACUUUGAGAAUGUCGGUGGGGCAAUGCUCGACGCUGUGCUCCUCAACAUGAGAGUUCAUGGUAGAAUAGCUGUUUGUGGGAUGGUGUCUCAGCAUAGCUAUCGUGGCGAGGAUGGGAUCCACAACCUAUUUACACUCAUCAGCAGACGGAUCAGAAUGCAAGGAUUUAUUCAGAGUGAUUACUUGCAUUUGUUUCCUAAAUUUGUUGAGCAUGUUGGGGCUUACUAUAAGCAAGGGAAGAUUGUGUACAUCGAGGACAUGAGUGUAGGAUUAGAAAGCGCUCCUUCUGCUCUUGCAGGGCUUUUUACUGGUAAAAAUGUGGGCAAGCAGGUUGUCUGUGUGUCCCGUAAUUGAUACAAUUACCACAAAUUGUUCCUCGAGGCUCCUUAUGUUGUUUGAUUUGAGGUAAACCAUUGCUCAUAAUGGCACAUUACCUCUUGCAGAUGUUAAAGAAGGGAUGAUAGAUCAUGCACAACUUGAGUCUAUGCACAUGGAUGUAUAUUUUCUUUAUGUUUAUGGCAUAUACUGAUAUACCAUUAGAGAUAUGAGAUAAUAAUGUAUCCUUUCGGUGAUUAGAUUACGUGUGAUAUUAACAUUAGAAUAUUAUUCUAUUAGAAGGCUUUUAGGUGUAGGAAGUUUGGUUUUCGAUGCCUUUAGACGAUCUAUUAAGUUUGUAGCCUAAACUUAUCAUGGUAUCAGAGCAGUUUAGAUCAAGAUUAAACA